AUGGCGAUGAUGCUUCUAGUAUGUGUUGUAGUCGGAUUUACCUUGUGCUCGGGUUUCCCGUCCACGGAGAAAGAAGCAGACAAAGAAGAAAUAGUACAAAUCAAAUUAAUAUUUCCGAACAACGGGGGAAAAGACGAACAUGGAAAACAAAAGCGGUCUUCGGACCUCUUUCCUCAGACACUCUCCUUCCGGUUCCGGCUCAAUAAUAAGGACGUCAUUAUGGACCUCGAGAGGAAUACCAUGGCAAGCGUGCCGCCCAUAAUGAGAAUAGACAAACUUCGACCAAUUUAUGACACUAAACCGGACAUACAGAGAAACUUUGCGCUCUACCAGGGAUUGGGAAUGGGUGCCUCGGCCCUGGUUCGAUUCCCUUUCGAUGAUGUCAGUAAAUUCGAGCUGCACGCGAGCUACAAACACGGAUCCGAUUGGUAUGCCAUAGAACCGCUUUCUACAACCAGUCGGCGGAAGCGGUCUGGGGUGCCCCUCCAUACCGUGGAGACUUUACCAACCACACAAGCGACCACCACAUUGCCUCCGGACGCUGACCAGCUGGUAGCUGACCACAAGGUGACCGUAUUGAACCCAGAUAUACAGCUUGGUUCAUUCUUCAACGACAUGAUUGUGAUACAAGACGACCAGAAUGUAUCCUCCGAUGACCCUCUUGAUCCAUUCCCUAUUCUACGACUGGGAGAAGGACAAUAUUCCAUACCAAUGGUGGAUCUCGAAUCGUUUCCUCAUAAUCGAAAGAAAAGGCAAUCCACAUGGGAUAAUCGGAAGCCCAGAGACAGGCGACAGUUACCAAAGAAAUACGUAGAGUAUUUGGUCGUGCUCGACUACGCUAACUUCUACAAAUGGCAUCAAGUUGCUGCUGGUACUACAGAAGACGACCGUUACAAUAACGCCGUGAACGCACUUGUCCAAUAUUACCUGUUUGUUACUAAUGGGAUAGACGUGAGAUUCCAGUCGGCCCAGACAUCACAGGGUGAUCUGAGAGUUACCUUAGCGGGGUUCGUCAUUGCAACUGACAGGUCGGAAUCUCCCUGGACCGAGAACAAUAAAAUUAAUGGAGUAGCAGUGUAUGAUGGGAAGUGUCUGGAAGAUUUUGCAAAAUGGAUCAACUCACAAGGAGCGUCACUUCCUGUACAUGAUCACGCAGCUUUGUUUACUGGACUCGACCUUUCUCUCUCUGCUCAAGACACUUCAACCAUAGGUAUUUCCUACCUAAGCCGAGUGUGUAUGUCGUUUUCUGCUUCCGUCAACCAGGAACCAUAUAAUGCUUUAUCUAUUCACAUAUCUGCUCAUGAACUUGGACACAGUCUUGGUGCUACCCAUGAUGCCAGCAACGGCGGAAGUUGUUCAAGUGCUCUUCACUAUCUUAUGGCGCCUCGUCUUCCGGCCGUUAACGAAAUUCUUGCAUCGAAUCCCUAUCAGUUCUCGUCCUGUUCGAGAUUACAGAUAGGUACAUACCUCAGCAGAUUGGGAAGUGACUGCCUAUCAAACGUGCCUGACAUUCUGGGUAUGGUUACUCUAACUGAGAAACCAGGAAAUGUAUAUCCCGUGGAUCAGCAAUGUCACACCCUUCCAGAUCAGAACUGGGUCAUAUGUAGAGAGAGCUAUAUUAACUACCCAUUGAAAUGGGGUACAAUUUGUUACCAGUUGGAGUGUCGACGUGUGGGCACAAACACUUGUAUCAAUCGUCGUCAGGCCUAUGAUGGAACACCGUGUGGAUACAUGAAAUGGUGUGAAAAGGGACGCUGCGUGAGUUCCCAACAGUCUGUUUCAAGGUCAGAAAUUUGUCCACUCGGAGAUGACCUUACCUACGGCUGUCAGGCAACUCAAUGUUCUAGAUACAGUCACAACAUCCGUGCGGGGACCUGCUGUACAACUUGUCUUGAGUCAACGACAACUACUACAACGACAACGACAACUACAACACCGACAACUACCACAACAACACCAACAACUACCACUACCACACCGACAACUACCACUACCACACCAACAACGACCACUACCACGCCGACAACUACCACUACCACACCAACAACGACCACUACCACGCCGACAACUACCACAACAACACCGACAACCACCACAACAACACCGACAACGACAACUACAACACCGACAACGACAACAACAACACCGACAACUACCACUACAACACCGACAACUACCACAACAACACCGACAACUACCACAACAACACCGACAACAACCACUACAACACCGACAACCACCACAACAACACCGACAACCACCACAACAACACCGACAACGACAACUACAACACCGACAACUACCACUACAACACCGACAACUACAACAACAACCCCAACAACUACCACUACAACACCGACAACGACAACGACAACAACAACACCGACAGCAACCACUACCACACCGACAACAACCACUACAACACCGACAACGACAUCUACAACACCAACAACUACCACUACAACACCGACAACUACCACUACAACGCCGACAACCACCACAACAACACCGACAACAACCACUACAACACCGACAACAACCACUACAACACCGACAACGACAACUACAACACCAACAACCACCACUACAACACCAACAACUACAACACCGACAACUACCACAACAACACCACGAGACAGGUCGAAAGAUCCAAUGAGUUCCUUUGAAUUACGAGAACUGGUAUCACAUUUUAUCGCUCUUGCCAUGAUCGUUUAA